AUGCAAGUUCCUGAUUUCUCACACACAGGAUCAUCACAGGAAGUCAUUCAAGCUCCUUCAAGCUACCAUGCCAUCUCAGUCAGUAAAUCCACACAAGUUCCUAUUUUCUCUGACCCAAGUUCACUGACAGUAUGCAUAGAAGAGCUUCCAUCGUUCCCAACUGUAAUUUCAUCAAGUGAACGCAUGCAAAAUGCUGAUUUCUCUGCCACAAGUUCAAAUCAGGAGGUCUUGCAAGUUCUCUCUAUCAGCCAUUCUGUUUCAGCAAGCAAGUCAACACAAGCUGCUGCUUCCUCUGACCCAAGGUCAUCAAUGAUUGUCGUAGAAAUUAUGUCGUCCCCAGGUCCACUGUCAAAAAGAGAAUCCAUAGAAGUUUCUGAUUUCUCUGAUACAGGAUCACCAGACGGACCCAUUCAAGAUUCCUUGAACUAUGCUACCACAGCAAAAAAAUCCACACAAGUUCUUAAACUCUCUGACUCCAGUUCAUCCACAUUAUGUCCAGAAGAACUUCCAUCAAUACCACUUAUAGUUUUGUCAACAGAAUCUGCAAAAGUUCCUGACAUCUCUGCCACAAGUUCUUCUCGGGAUGCCAUGGGAAUUCCCUCUACAAUUCAGACUCUUUCAUCGAGUAAAUCCACACAAGUUCCUAUUUUCUCUGACCCAAGCACAUCCACCACAUGCAUAGAAGAACUUUCAUCUCUCCCAGAUCUAGUUACAUCAAAAGAAUCCACACAAGUUCCUGAUUGCUCUGCCAAAAGUUCUUCUGAAGAUGUCAUUCAAGUUCCCUCUAGAAUUCAUGCUCUUUCAGUGAGUAAAUCCACCACAAUUCCUGGGGUAUCUCAGCUACCUUCACCAACUACUAGCACAGAAGAAGUCGUGUCUUUCCCAGCUCCAUUUUCAUAUAGAGAACCCAUGCAGGUUCCUGAUUUGUAUGACAAGAGAUUGCCACAGGAACCCAUGCAAACUCCCCCUGCCAACCUUGCUAUGGAAGUGAGCAAAUCCUCACAAGUUUCUACUGUCUCUGACCCAAGUACAUCCACAAGUUCCACAAGAGAAUCCUUACAAGUUCCUCUUCUUUCCACAUUAACUUCUUCCAAAGAAACAAAAGAAGGUCAGCAAUCACCUGGCUUACAGUCUCCAGUGGAAUUUGCAAAAGAUGAUGGUACUCGGUCAGCACAACCUUCCCCAGCUGCCAGUCCUAGACUACUAAGUAAGACUUUUACAUAUCCUUAUUGCUCUGGACCAAGCAUAUCCCAGCAUUUCAUGGAAGUUCCUGAUUUUUCUGUGCCAACUUCACAUAAAGAAUCAACACAGGCUCCUGCUUUAUCUAGCCCAAAUUCAAUAAGGGAAUCCUUUGAAUUUCCUACUAUCUCUAAGUCAAGUUCAACAAGAGAAUCCUUUGCAGUUCCCUCUCUCCACACCUCCAGUUCUUCAAGAAUAUCUGCACAUGUUCCUACUUCUUCUGGCCUAAAAUCACCAACAGAAUAUGGAGAGAGUGAGUGUGCUCAUUCUCCUAAUCCAAGCUCACCAAGGGGAUCUGCACAGCCUUCUCCUAUUACUAGCCCUAGAUUACUGAAAAAGCCCACGCUAUCUCUUUUCUCAGGACCAGGUGUUCUAAAACAAGUAACAGAUGAUCCUUCCUCUUUUAUGUCAAGUUCACAGAGGCAAUCCAUACAAGAUUCUGCUUUAUCUUCCUCAAAUUCACUGAAAGAAUCCAUAGAUGUUGUCCCUGCUUCCACUUUUAGUUUGUCAAGAGGAGCUACAGAAGUUUUUCCUUCUUCUGUUGUAAAGUCAUCAAUGGAAUUUAAAGAGACUGAGACUGUCUAUUCCUCCCCAAGUUUCCCAAGAGAACGUGCACAACCUUCCCCUAGUACCAGUCCUAGAUUAUCAAGUAAAUCAUUACCACUUCCUCCUUUUUCAGAAACAGGUAUAUCAAAACAAUCCAUGGAAAUGUCUCCUUCCACCUCAAGGUCAAGGCGAGAAUCUAUACAAGGACCUGCUUUCUUUGUCCCAAACUUCAUGAGUGGAUCCCUUGAUUUUCCAAUUAUCUCUAGACUAAUUUCAGUAAGAGAAUCAUUAGACAUUCCCCCUCUUUCCACUUCAAUUUCCUUCAAAGGCUCUGUGGACAGGCUUUCUUCUUCUGGCCUAAAGUCACCAACAGACUAUUCAGAGAGUGAGACUGCCCAUUCUCCAAGGUCAAGUUCACCAAAGGAGCCUAUACAAGUUUCCCCUACAACCAGCCCAAAUUUAGUGAGUAUAUCAAUGCAAUUUCCUUUAUCAGGGCUAAGUUCACUGAGAGAACCUUCAGCAGUUUCUCUUACCUCUCCUUCCACUGUCUUGAGACCUGCAAUAGAAUAUUCUGAGAACGAAAUUGUGCACUCUGCUAGCCCAAGUUCACCAAAAGAAUCCAAAAAACCACCUCCUUCUUUCAGUCCAAAUUUAAUUAGUAAAUACACACAAAUUACUCCUAUUUCAGAGUCAAAUGUGGCAAAAGAAUCUAUAGAAUUUCCUGAUUUCUCUGAUUCAAGUUCACAGAGAAAAUCCAUACAAGGUCCAGCUUUCUUUGACUCAAACUCCAUGACAGAACCCUUUGAGUUUCCCAUUCUCUCUGGAGCAACUUCAACAAGACAGUCUUUGGAUGUUCCCUUUUUUUCUCCUUCAAGUUCUUUGAGAGGAUCUACAGAAGUGUUUCCUUCAUCUGGCUUGAGGUCCCCAACAGAAUAUGCAGAGGGUGAGAGAGCCCAUUCUCCUCGCCCAGGUUCACCAAAAGAAUCUAGACAACCUUCCCACCUUUCAAGCCCAAAUUUAGGGAGUAGAUCUAUGCAAUUUCCUUCCUCCUUAGGCCCAAGUAUAUCAAAACAAUCAAUGGAAGUUCACGUUUCCUCGAUGUUAAGAUCACAGAGAGAAUCCAUACAAGACACAGCUUCAUCAGCCCCAAAUUCACUGAGAGACUCCUCUGAAUUUCCCAUUCUUUCAGACCCAGGUUCAACAAGAGAACCUUUAGAAGUUCUUCCCUGCUAUUCUAGACCAAAUUCAACAAAAGAAUCUUUACCAGUUAUUCCAAUUUCUGACUUGACAUCAGUAAAAGAACCUGAAGAGGACAAAAUUUCUGCUGCAGUCAGCCAGCAUUCAGUGAGUGAUGUCAUGGAAGCUCUAGCACUCAUGGGUCUAAGUUUCAAGACAGAAUUCAUGCAAGUUCAUCCUCCCUUGAUUCUCAGUCAUCCACAAGAAUUCCCUGAAGAUCUCCAUGUGCCCAGUAGAGGUUCACAGAGACAAUUCAUUCAAGUUCCUACUUCUCCUAGCCAAAGUUCACUGAAAGAGUAUAUGAAUCUCUCUCCAUCCAUCAUCUCCCAGAGAGAAUCCAUUCAUAAUUUUGCUUCUUCAAGUUCUCUGAGAAAGUCCACUAGUAUCAGCUCCCAGAGGGAAUCUGAUCAUGUUUCUGAUUUGUCCAGCUCAAGUUCACAGACAGAGUCCAUGGGUCUCCCUCCCUCCACCAUCAGCUCCCAGAGAGAAUCCACUCAAGUUCUUUUUUCUUACAGUGAAAGUUCACAGAAAGUCUCCAAGGAUCAUCCUUCCUCCACCAUCAGCUCAGCAAGGGAAUCCAUUCAAGUUACUGAUUCUUUUAGCCUAGCUUCAAACAGAGAGGCCGUGGGUUUCCCUCUCUCCAGUAGCAGUUCCCAGAAAGAAGCUAUUCAAAUCCCCGCUUCUUGUGGCCCAAGUUCACAGGAAGAGUUAACAGAAGUUCUUCCAUCCUCCAGUCCAAUCUCCCAGAGAGAAUCCAUGGAAGUUUUUACCUCAUUUGGUCUUGGUCCAUCAGAGGAUUCCAUGCAAAGUCCCCUUUCCUCUGCCCGAAGUUCACUAAAAGAUUUCAUAGAUGUUAUUCCUUUAUCUGGUCCAGAUUCAUCAGAAGAAUUUGUGGGCACUCCUCUUUCCCUUGGCCAAAGUUACCCGCAAGAUUUCAUUGAUGAUGUUCCUUUGUCAGGCCCAGUAUCAUCAGAAGAAUUCACAGAUGUUCCUGCUUCCCCUUCCCCAAGUACAACAAAAGAUUUCACUGAAAUUAUCCAUUUCUCAAAGGGAGGGGGAGCAGUACAAGAUGGGAGGAAUCCCAGCAAGGCAGCAGCAAGCCCCACCUCAGCACACCGAGGGGGGAUCCUAAGACCCAAGGUGGUAGACCGAGCAAGCACCAACACCAGGACGCCCCCCUCACAAGCCUCAAUAUGGGCAGGGGAACCAGAAGACUCCAGCUCAGAAAACCGCCACGAGCAACAGUGUUCUCCAUCAGCCCAAUCACCUAGUGCCUCAGCACAACUCUGGGAAGCGCAGCACCGGGAGGCAAAGCUCCAGGCUGACAGACGUCGUCCAGCAGCAAAACAUCUCUACGCAAGGCCCAGGCGAGUGGGAGCCGAGUAUUCGAGCGCCAGGCCCGGGCGAGCGGGAGCCGAGUAUUCGAGCGCCAGGCCUGGGAAGGUGACUAUGAUUCUCACCAUCGGCGCUGAGGCACAGAGUCUGGAACAAGACAGGAAAGGUCAAGAAGAAGAAUUGUCAAGAUGUGUGUAUGCUGUGAAAUGCACCACCCACGUUGCUGCAGCGAUACCAGCCGUGUCCCCGUGUCUUGUGCGCUCCUUAAGAUGCAUCAAGACUUCUUUGGCUUUGACUCUUCCUGCAAGUAGCAGAGAUUGUACAGAGCCAGCACACCAGAGUUAUACUGUGGGGCUGGGGAGUAUUCACUGA